AACAAGGCAAAUCUGAGUGAGGAGCUUCCCAGGUACAGGCAGGUUGUAAAAUGUCCCACCAGAGAGCAGAGCGUGCUGGAUUGGAUCACUGUUACUCAUCGCUCCGCAACUCUUAUACCGCCCUCCCUCGAGCUGCACUGGGACUCUCUGACCACUUGAUGGUUCAUCUUGUUCCUACAUACAAGCAGAAGCUGAAGCUGGCAAAGCCUGUUGUGAGGAGCAUGAAGAUCUGGACAAGUGAAGCUAAAGAGGAGCUGCAGUCUUGCAUGGAGACCACAGACUGGGAGGUGUUCAGGGCUGCGACCAAUAAUCUGGAUGAGUAUACAGACACUGUGACUUCAUGGAUCAGCUACUGUGAAGAGUGCAUAGUUCCAACGCACACCAAGGUGAGUUAUGCAAAUGACAAACCUUGGUUCACAACUAAACUCAGCCAGAUUAGACGGGAGAAGGAGGCAGCUCGCAAGAGUGGGGACAGGAGCUGCUACAAAGAGAUGAAGUAUCGGUUUCAGAGGGAGCUGAAGAAAGCUAAGGCCGCAUACUCUGACAAACUCACGCAGCAGUUCUCAGCCAAUGACUCGGCUGCGGUGUGGAGAGGGCUCAAGGUGCUCACUAACUACAAGCCACGUGCCCCCCACAGUCUGGACAACCUCGCUCUUGCACAGGACCUGAACAACUUCUAUUGUCGCUUUGAGCAGCCAUUUUGCACCAACACCUCUGUGGUCUCUCCAGCCCCAUGCUACACUUUACAACAAAGGACUAUGCUGUCUCUUAGUGACACAACUAAGACCAAUGAUGUCACUGAGACAGCAAAGAUCACAGUCACUUUUGAUGAGCCACCCCCUCACCUCCCCCCUCUUCCUCUUGACAUCAUGGAGCAAGACGUGCGCACUCAGUUCAGGAGGCUGAACCUUCGGAAGGCGGCAGGUCCGGACAGAGUUUUCCCUGCCAUCCUGAAUCAUUGUGCUGCUGAGCUGGCUCCAGUGUUCACUGACAUCUUCAAUGCUUCCUUGGUGUCCUGUCAUGUACCUGCCUGCUUUAAGUCCUCCACUAUCAUCCCUGUUCCCAAGAAGGCCAGGAUCACAGGACUGAAUGACUACUGAGCGCCUGGUUCUCUCUCAUCUGAAGUCCAUCACUGCUUCUCACCUGGACUCAUUGCAGUUUGCCUACAGAGCCAACAGAUCUGUGGACGAUGCAGUGAACCAGGCCCUUCAUUUUGUUCUGGAGCAUCUGGACUGCCCAGGAACCUAUGCCAGGAUCCUGUUUGUGGACUUCAGCUCUGCCUUUAAUACAAUUCUUCCAGCUCUGCUUGAAGACAAGCUUCGCCAGCUGGACGUGCCUGACUCCCUCUGCAGAUGGAUUACAGACUUCCUGACCAGUCGAAGUCAGCGUGUGCGGCUGGGGACGACUGUCUCUGACACUCGGACCCUCAACAUUGGGUCUCCUCAGGGCUGUGUUCUCUCUCCAUGGCUCUUCUCCCUGUACACUAACUGCUGCACCUCCAGUCACCAGUCCGUGAAGCUGAUCAAGUUUGCGGACGACACCACCAUCAUCGGGCUCAUCUCAGAUGGAGAUGAGUUGGCUUACAGGAGGGAGGUGGAGCGGCUGGUGUCCUGGUGCAGCCACAACAACCUGGAGCUCAACACUCAGAAGACAGUGGAGAUGGUCAUAGACUUCAGGAGAGUAACAGCUCCUCUGUCCCCUCUCAUGUUGGCUGGUUUACCUAUUCCUAUUGUGGACUCCUUCUGCUUCCUGGGAACCACCAUCACUGAGGACCUCAAAUGGGAGCCAACCAUCAGGUCCCUCAUCAGGAAGGCCCAGCAGAGAAUGUUCUUUCUGAGGCAGCUACGAAAACUACGACUGCCGACGAAGUUGCUGGUGGAGUUCUACACGGCCAUCAUCCAGUCCAUCCUCACCUCCUCUAUCGCCGUCUCGUACAACAGUGCCACCUCCAGGGACAAGAGCAGACUGCAGCGCAUCGUACGUUCUGCUGAGAAGGUGAUCGGUUGCAGCCUGCCACCUCUUCAUGACCUGUAUGUAUCCAAGACCCAGAGACGUGCAGGUCGGAUCAGAGCCGACCCUUCUCACCCUGGGCAUAGUCUGUUUGUUCCUCUUCACUCUGGCAGGAGGCUACGGUCCAUCCAGACCAGAACCUCCCGUCACAGGAACAGCUUCUUUCCCUCGGCCGUCAGACUGUUAAAUUCAUGAACAGCCUUGUUGUAAUGUUAUUCUAUUUAUUUUAUUUUAUUUGUUCUUUGUUGCACUUUAUUCCAAGGCACUUUCCUAGUCAGUGGGCUCCCCACUGACCAUGGCAAUAAAUUAGAUUCUGAUUCCGAUUCUGAUGUUUAGAGGCAGUCACUAGACUUAUGUCAGCAACAGUGGACUGUGUGCAUUGGCUUUAAGAAUGGCAACACUUUGAUGUAGGGAUAUUAAAAUAAUUUUUAGUUUGUGUGGUCAUAAUUCUAAUUUCUUUGUUUUGUGUCUAAUUUCAUAUUUGUAUUUCAAGUCUUGUGGUUUUAUAACAUCACUUUUUACAUCUUUGCCAGGCAAUGUAUGAUGUAUAAUAUGGAAGAACCUUUCGAUCCAUCUUCUGUCUUCCUUCUGGUGCUUUUUCUUGGAGUUGCCUUCCCAAAUCGGGGAGAGUAGAAGAGAAUUCCCAUCUCAGCAAUUGUCAGAUCCUCCCAUCAAAAGGGCGCCAACAAGCUCAACAAACAUAGUGAGGCCUAACAAAUACAUGAAGCCUGUUGGCCCUUUUCAUUCAGACAUGAACUCAGAGAUAAAUGAGAUGACUUCCCUUCCUAUCCAGAAGUAGUCAGAAAGAUACGGUGGCACAUGCAGAUGAUAAAUAAUAAGAUGUCUUCUCGGGUUAAAAUUAUUGAACUCUUCCUUUAACUCAAAAGUAGGAUCUGUGACUUGUGCACUCUUAGUGCCUUUGUCAGCAGUAUUCAGGAUGUAAUCCAGGUUAUGAUAUUUCUACCUGUUCUAAGCUAACUUCGAUGAGAAGCAUUUACUGAUGACCUUACCCAUUUAGGUGGCCAGGGGCCAUGGAAACCCCUAAUUCUAACCCGUAAUAACAUUCAGAAAUAAGUAAGGUAAUGCAUUGCAACACCUGCUCAUACCAUUUGACUCAUUAUUCCUGCAACAAAACAGCAGUCUCAUUCAUCGUACUGCUUUGGUUUACCAAGUCUGUGUGUUCCUAUGUGUACUUGCACAUGAUUGAAUAACAUACAUAAGCAUUGUACAGACAAUUUUAGUGGCAAAAGAAAGUCAGUGAAGUGAGUGAACAUAGCCUGUUAAUUGACUUUAUUGAGGCUGCAUGAAAAGCCGUAUUUCACUGCCCUACCAACAAAUCUCAAAUUAAUAAUUCAUAAUUUACAUAAAAAGCAUCAGCAUCUACUUCAAAAUAGUAAUAGUACAUAACUCAGAAAAAGAGUCAAUUGCAGGACAGUUUAUUUUAACAUUUCACAUUCAUACUGCAGGCCAGGUAAUUACAACAGUUUUCCUCAUUUUUUAAUGAGGGAGGUCAAAGUUCAGAAGAGGAGCUACAAUGCUAGUGUUCUUCAUCUUCGGCGGAGGAGCUGCUAUCAUGGGGUUCUUCAUCAUCAGUGGAGGAAUCAUCGAGAGACAAGGCUUGCGAUCCAAAAACAUGUUGGUACGUUGAGCGAGCUGCACCCUGCUGAGCUUGAAUUGCUGACAGUCUUCUCUUCAGCAGACAGAGUAGCCCCUCACGUCCUCUCCCAGUCAAUGCUUCUGUGCCGCCUGACAGUGAUAUUACAAUAAAUUAGACUACUAACCUAGUAUAUCAGCACAUGUAGCAAAUAGAACUGUACUUACUUUGCUGAGUGAUCCCUUCUGAAAGCUGGGAGGAAAUCUCUUCAAUAUUUCCAGCCAUAUUCCUCAUGUACUCCCAGUGCUGCUUGACUUCACGGACCACAAUGACCUCCUCUUCCUUCAGUCGGUUCAGCAGCAUUACCUUGUCGAAGACCUUUUUUUUCUUUAACAUAUCACCAUGACCUGCAAAUCAUCAUAUACAUUUUUUAUAAAUAGUGGUGAACUACUUCCCGCAGUGUCUGUGUACUUUCAAAGGUGGGUUCUAUUACACUGCAUAAUCUCCUCCUAAUGACACCAGGCAAUUUCUCCCAUGGGACAGAAUUAUAUAGAAGAGUGUCUCUUUCAGUUUUCAAAAGUAAAAAGGAAGUUGUCUCUGGAGCUUGUCUGAUCCAAUCACAGCAACCUCGGUCAAACCUGUAAUUGCUUCAUCUAAAGCCUUUACAAUGUAAUUAAAGAUAGCCUAUAGAUAUGAAGACAACUGAACACAUCCUAGAUGUACUUACAUUCCCAAGGCCAGGAAUAGUUUUCCUCAGCCAGGAGCU